AUGAAUCCGAAAAUUUCAGAUUUUGGCUUGGCAAGGAUAGUUGAAGGAAAAGGAACGGAGGCAAAUACAAAGAAAGUAGUGGGGACCUAUGGCUGUAUGUCUCCUGAGUAUGCACUGGACGAAUUGUUUUCCAUCAAGUCAGAUGUGUUUAGUUUCGGAGUAGUCCUACUUGAGAUAGUCAGCGGAAGGAGGAAUACAGGAUUUUAUCAAUCAGAAGAAGCCUUGAACUUGUUGGGCUAUGCAUGGAAGUUGUGGACAGAAGAAGCUGAAAUACAAUUGAUAGACAAGUCCUUACUUGAAUCUUGCAACACAAGUGAAGCAACGAAGUGUAUAAAUAUUGGGCUCCUGUGCGUACAAGAAGAUCCAAAUAAACGUCCUAACAUGUCAGAUGUUAUUUUAAUGCUGGGAGGCGAAGGUAGUAGUCUUCCACAACCUAAUCGACCAGCUUUUGUAAUAAGGACGCACACUUCUAGGAAACUUUCUUCUUCCUCCAGUAAGCAAUACAUUGUCUCCAACAAUCAGGUGACAAUUACAGUCGAAGAAGGACGCUAGCAGGGAGGGGUACUUUCAAGUGUUUGUACUCAACAUAUAUAUUUUUUUGUACUUGAGAAAUACUGGAGCAAUAUGUUAAGCCCUUAAUCUAAAAUGCUAGAGGAAGGCCAGAAAGGAAUUUGUUGUUUAGAACACUUCAGUUAACAAGUACAAAUUUGUUGUGAUAU